CAGGCUAACUUUAUCAACCUUGGCCCAAUUUCUUAGAUUUGUUAUCUACGUGCUAGGCUGAUUCUUUAAACAUUUUAGUUUCAGAACAUUUUGUUUAUUUACUGGAAUCUUGGUUUUAGAAGUAUGGAAACGAUCACUGUGUUUUGGAUAUUUUUUAACGUUUUUGUUGCCCGCGUCCGGGGCGUCACAUCGGUAGGACAGACCUACUCUGGCUGCCUGGACCAUGGGGAUGCUGGCGGCUACCGCCUCCGCUGUCCUUAUGGCUACAUUACCAACGUGCAGCUCACUUCCGGUGUCGGCUCCUGUUUUGAAAAAGUUUGCCUUGGUCUGACGUCGACUCUAAUGGUUGCACAACACCAGUGCUACUGGCAAGAUCAAUGUGACGUUGAAUUUCCGGUUGACGUCAUCGUCAAGACGUCGGAGUUCAGCAAGUGUAUAGCCCGGCGCCCAGGAUUCGUGGAAAUCAGUGGCUACUCCUGCUUUAAUCAUAAGGACUCUCCGAAUGAUAGCGGGAACAGUGAGAGCCGACUUCUUAACAUUUGCGCUGAUACGGACGGAAAUCCGCAUCGCACUUCCAGCAGCGCAACCUACGCUCGAAGUGAGGGUCUCAUCCGGAGCCACACUUCAUUCCCCUGGUCAUAUGAGAGCACAGAGAGGAACUGCUCACUGGAACUGCCGCUCCUCAGCGGUCACCGUCUCCAUGUAACCGUUCACCAUAUGGACGUGGGUGAGCAUGACAGGGUCAUGGUGAUAGGUACAAACUCCAUGGAGCGCCGCUCCCUCGUGAACGCAGCUCCGGGUACCGCGCUGACGAUCGGCACGAAGGGGGACUCUAGCUUCCGGUUUGAUUUCAACGUCAGUGUGGACUCUAACGGUGGAUCCGGCUUUGUCAUCUGCUUCAAAUUUUAUAAACUGGGCGAUGACAGUGGACCCCAGAACAACGACGUCUGUGAUGAGCUACUUUCCAAGGGCGUUCUUGACCUCCUCCCCGCCACGACCCAGCCGCCAACUCAGCCGCCUGUCGUAGGGCCCAAUCCAGUAACUUGCAAGAGGAAAAAGAACGGGAAAUGUCGCGGGCCGAAGAAGCCGAAAUGUAAGAAAAUCAAGGAUGUAGAAGAAAGGAAGAAAUGUUUUUAUGCUCGCAAAGUAAGAAAGGGGAAAGGAAAGAGUAGAAAGAAGAGGAAGGACUCAAAUUAACACAUCUGUCUGUUCCAACAGCACCGUCGGAUACCGCUGCCAUUCGAAUGCGCUCUGGUUACGGAGAUUUCAUUCGGUACUCCUCGGCGGUUUUCCAUCGAAAACAGCCUCAGAUGCAUGCCGGUACAACAACGGGAGAAGUUUGUAAAAUUUGAAUAAAAGUUUAAACUAA